CUCAAAUGAAGAUCGACACCCGAAGGGAUCGGCUAUGGAAGCAGCGGAUGACGAGCUAAGUGAUGAAGAGUCGGUCGACGAAAAGUCUACCAACGAAUCCGAAGUUCAAGAGCUCAUAAGCGAUAGGAAAAGAAGCGUAAAACAUGUCAAAUGGCAAGACUCAAAGAAGGAUCGACAACCGAAGGGAAAGAACAGAACAAUGCUAAAUAGGAAUAGCAAAAGAUUGGUUAAGAAAGCAGCGGAUGACGAGCUAACUUAUGAGGAGUCGGCCGAGGAAGAGACUACCAACGAACAGUCAAUCAUUGCGAAACCCGCCGACGAGCAAUCCUCCGACGAGCAGUCUUCCGACGAGCAGUCUUCCGACGAGCAGUCUUCCGACGAGCAGUCUUCCGACGAGCAGUCUUCCGACGAGCAGUCUUCCGACGAGCAGUCCUCCGACGGACAGUUCACUGAUGGGCCACCUAGGCAGAAUAUACGGGAACUGAAUAAGGGUAACCCCAAAAACCCUAACGGGCACGGGAAGAGAGGGCAAGGACGAGAGAUGAAAAGGUCAGGAGCCAUAUUUAAGCUGAUUAGAAGAAAAGGCAGCGAAAAUAGAUGAGAGGGAGCGGAAGAUGAGGGCAAAGAUACACAACAAGAUCUAGCAUGGUUCAGGUAGUGACUUGAAGAUAUGGACUACGGAUAGCUGCAGAUAAUGCUCUCUUUGUAGAGGUGUAUUAUACUCC